AUGUGGGCCGAAAGGCGAUAUUGGUCCGAGGGGUCCAACUGGUAUACAGGAGACGUAGGUCCCGUUGGACAAAAGGGACAGAAAGGAGAAGAUGGCAGAACUGGACCAAUGGGCCUAACAGGUGACAGAGGCCCAGUUGGACCAGCUGGAAAGAAAGGUGACAGGGGCCCAGGAUCAUCACCAGAAGUUGGCGGCAGUGUGUACACUCGCUGGGGGAAGACAGUUUGUCCACGUCACUCGGAUACCUUAUACACAGGUGUGAUGGGAGGGUCCCACUUCUCUCACUCCGGAUCUGGCGGCAACCAUCUCUGUCUUCCCCACAAUCCCCAGUGGAAUGACACGUGCGCUGGAUUCCAGUCUAACUCGUACAUUUACGGGACGGAGUUUCGAGUGAACCCCGCGAAUAACCUGUUCGGCUCUACGGUAGGAAAUCCGCAUAACCGGGACGUGCAAUGCGCUGUCUGUUACAGCCCGAACAGACCAAGUCACGUGAUGAUCCCAGCUCGUCUGCAGUGUCCAUACGGGUGGACCGUGGAGUAUAUGGGGUUUCUAAUGUCCGCACAUCACGAACAUCAAAAAUCCGAGUACCUGUGCAUGGAUCAGCAGCCCGAUUCUACUUUCGGUCCCGCAGCAAAUAUGUAUGGAAACCGGCUGUACCAAGUGGAGGCCGUCUGUGGGUCACUACCGUGUCCCAAAUAUCGUCACGGAUACGAACUUACGUGCGUUGUUUGCACGAAAUAA